CCUACUUCACUUCGUAACUACACGAUUAGUCGUCCAAUCUGAAAAGCAAAAAUGACGUUUGUGAUGCACCUGUGUUUUAUUUUAUUUAAUCAGUGAAUAAACGCAAUAAGUUGUUAAUGGUUAAUAAAAGUGAGAAUGAUCACUUCAUGUACAAGCCGUCGUCUAAAACUAGCCAUUUACAAUAAAACGAACUCAUAACUCACUUAAAGGGUUUCAAACCAUGUUAUUGUGUGACUAUUUUCAAGGGUAGUUGAAGUUAAUUAAAAAGCAUGGAUGAGAAGAGAGUGGCGGAUUACUUCGUAAUCGCGGGACUGCCGGAGACACCGGAGUUACUGGACGAUUCUGACUCGGGACAUCUAAAGGGAUACAGUACAAAAGCUCCAAUAACAGAUAUCAGUGUCGUAUUCCCGAGUCUUGGCGAAACGGUUCCCAAUGGUUACGAACUGAUCGAGACAACGCCAAGUGGACUCCCCGCUGACCUCAACCAUGGCUCCAUACGGACGCCCGAAUGCUUCAUCUGCAUACGGCGGGGGCGGGACAGAGCGCCACUGGUUGAUAUCGGCGUUAUGUACGAAGGCAAAGAGCGUCUCAUGGCCGAUGCUGAAAUGGUGCUCGAGUCCGUCGGCCAACGUCUAGCCAACGUCAACAACUCCACAGCGAAGACGUUCAUAACGUACCGACGGGCACACGCCGGUGCGCCGUGCAACGCGCUUGUAGUGGUCGAUGUGUGUGUGAUCAUAGCCAGCAAGGGAGAAUGCCCGCCGCACGCCUUCUGUAUGAUCGCCAAGAACCUUAACAAAGGACUGAUGGGCAGCGACGUUUUUCUCUGUUACAAGAAGUCAAUGAACCGUCCUCCUUUAAUAGCUUACAAGCCAGAAGUACUGUUUAGGUAUCCAAUGACCGAGCGUCACAGCCUAGCUUUCCCCACGUCCGUGCCAUUAUUCUGCCUGCCAAUGGGCGCCACUUUGGAGCUCUGGCCGACCAACGCCGCGACACCUAAGCCUGUCUUCUCCACAUUUGUGCUUACAGUCGCCGAUGCCACUGACAAGGUGUACGGUUCGGCGGUGACGUUCUACGAGACCUACCCCCACAGUCAACUGACGGAGAGCCAAAUGGAGCUCCUAGGCUGGCGGAACGGGAUCUCACACACCACGCACUCCGUCCACGUCAGCAAGUCCAUUUGCCUGCUGUCCCGGUGGCCGUUCAGCGAUACGUUCGAGCGGUGGUUGUUGUAUAUACUUGAAAUGUCGUGGAGUAAACAGCCGCUAACUAUACCCAUCGAGAGAUACAUAACACAUUUGUUAGAAGAAGUGCCCUUCCCCGAACCCAGGAUAUUGCUGCAGUUAUCACCGACGAACGCGAGUGACCGCGUGAUAGUGACGCGGCGCGACGACCAGCCGCUGGUGCGGAGCGGCGCGGGGUUCAGGCAGCUACUGCUCAACCUGGGGCCCGACAACUGCCAGCUGCUGCUGGCGCUCGCCAUCACCGAGCAGAAGAUUCUGAUCCACUCGCUCAGGCCAGACACCUUAACUGCAGUCUCAGAAGCCGUCUCAAGUCUACUGUUUCCGUUCAAAUGGCAGUGCCCUUACAUACCACUCUGUCCUUUAGGUUUAGCAGAAGUAUUACACGCGCCGUUGCCAUAUUUGAUCGGCGUUGACUCGAGAUUUUUUGAUCUCUACGAACCUCCGCCCGACGUGACGUGUGUCGAUUUAGAUACUAAUAAUAUUACAAUAUGUGAUUCGCAGCGCCACAUAUCAAUCAAACUUUUACCCAGACGACAAGCGAAAGCUUUACGGCAAACGUUAGAAGUAUUAUACAGCAAUAUACGACCGGGUAUGUUGGCGUCACCUGUCCACCACUCCGGAAACAGUAAAUACAACGGUGAACCCACAACGAGUUUAGACAGAGACUUCCAAAGAAGAAAGAAGGAGUACGCCCUAGAACUGGAGAUCCAAGAGGCGUUCCUCCGUUUUAUGGCGGUGACGCUGCAGGGGUAUCGCGCGUACCUCAUACCCAUCACGAAGGCGCCCACUGUUGGGACCACGGACCCUCAUGCCCUAUUCCAUAUGGAUGCCUUCAUACGGUCACGAGACAAGACUCAACAACGCUUCUUCACACUAAUGAUGCGAACACAGAUGUUCACGCGUUUCAUCGAAGAACGUUCGUUCGUAUGCGACGUGGACCAAGGGCUGCCGUUCUUCGACGAGUGCAUCGAACGCGUCGCGUGCGGCGACAGCGGCUCGCUGCUGGGCACCGACACCAGCAACGCGUCCGAGCGGACCGUGUUCGUGCUGCCGCCGAACCCGUUAGAAGACGGCGAAACCUACACUUACUCCAAAUUCGAGUUGGACCCGGUGCUGCUAGCAAAAUGUGUGACGGGUCGAGCUCGGCACGGCGGGCUGCAGACGCUGUCGGCGGCGACGCGCUCGGCGCUCGCGUCGGCCGAGUCGCUCGGCGACGCCUCGCCCAUGGCGCGCCGCACCAAGCAGGAGAUCGCCGCGGCGCAGAGGUCAGCCCCUGUGUACUGUAGUGUAGGAGUGAGCCACCUGCAGACGCUGUCGGCGGCGACGCGCUCGGCGCUCGCGUCGGCCGAGUCGCUCGGCGACGCCUCGCCCAUGGCGCGCCGCACCAAGCAGGAGAUCGCCGCGGCGCAGAGGUCAGCCCCUGUGUACUGUAGUGUAGGAGUGAGCCACCUGCAGACGCUGUCGGCGGCGACGCGCUCGGCGCUCGCGUCGGCCGAGUCGCUCGGCGACGCCUCGCCCAUGGCGCGCCGCACCAAGCAGGAGAUCGCCGCGGCGCAGAGGUCAGCCCCUGUGUACUGUAGUGUAGGAGUGAGCCACCUGCAGACGCUGUCGGCGGCGACGCGCUCGGCGCUCGCGUCGGCCGAGUCGCUCGGCGACGCCUCGCCCAUGGCGCGCCGCACCAAGCAGGAGAUCGCCGCGGCGCAGAGGUCAGCCCCUGUGUACUGUAGUGUAGGAGUGAGCCACCUGCAGACGCUGUCGGCGGCGACGCGCUCGGCGCUCGCGUCGGCCGAGUCGCUCGGCGACGCCUCGCCCAUGGCGCGCCGCACCAAGCAGGAGAUCGCCGCGGCGCAGAGGUCAGCCCCUGUGUACUGUAGUGUAGGAGUGAGCCACCUGCAGACGCUGUCGGCGGCGACGCGCUCGGCGCUCGCGUCGGCCGAGUCGCUCGGCGACGCCUCGCCCAUGGCGCGCCGCACCAAGCAGGAGAUCGCCGCGGCGCAGAGGUCAGCCCCUGUGUACUGUAGUGUAGGAGUGAGCCACCUGCAGACGCUGUCGGCGGCGACGCGCUCGGCGCUCGCGUCGGCCGAGUCGCUCGGCGACGCCUCGCCCAUGGCGCGCCGCACCAAGCAGGAGAUCGCCGCGGCGCAGAGGUCAGCCCCUGUGUACUGUAGUGUAGGAGUGAGCCACCUGCAGACGCUGUCGGCGGCGACGCGCUCGGCGCUCGCGUCGGCCGAGUCGCUCGGCGACGCCUCGCCCAUGGCGCGCCGCACCAAGCAGGAGAUCGCCGCGGCGCAGAGGUCAGCCCCUGUGUACUGUAGUGUAGGAGUGAGCCACCUGCAGACGCUGUCGGCGGCGACGCGCUCGGCGCUCGCGUCGGCCGAGUCGCUCGGCGACGCCUCGCCCAUGGCGCGCCGCACCAAGCAGGAGAUCGCCGCGGCGCAGAGGUCAGCCCCUGUGUACUGUAGUGUAGGAGUGAGCCACCUGCAGACGCUGUCGGCGGCGACGCGCUCGGCGCUCGCGUCGGCCGAGUCGCUCGGCGACGCCUCGCCCAUGGCGCGCCGCACCAAGCAGGAGAUCGCCGCGGCGCAGAGGUCAGCCCCUGUGUACUGUAGUGUAGGAGUGAGCCACCUGCAGACGCUGUCGGCGGCGACGCGCUCGGCGCUCGCGUCGGCCGAGUCGCUCGGCGACGCCUCGCCCAUGGCGCGCCGCACCAAGCAGGAGAUCGCCGCGGCGCAGAGGUCAGCCCCUGUGUACUGUAGUGUAGGAGUGAGCCACCUGCAGACGCUGUCGGCGGCGACGCGCUCGGCGCUCGCGUCGGCCGAGUCGCUCGGCGACGCCUCGCCCAUGGCGCGCCGCACCAAGCAGGAGAUCGCCGCGGCGCAGAGGUCAGCCCCUGUGUACUGUAGUGUAGGAGUGAGCCACCUGCAGACGCUGUCGGCGGCGACGCGCUCGGCGCUCGCGUCGGCCGAGUCGCUCGGCGACGCCUCGCCCAUGGCGCGCCGCACCAAGCAGGAGAUCGCCGCGGCGCAGAGAUUGGCGCGCAAAGCCAGCUUGUCGCCCGAAGCGUGGGCGAAGUGUCUACUCGGCGCGUGCUAUUCGCUUUAUUUCCUGUCGCUGCCGAGCCGAAUGAUGCUGCUCCGAGGCAAAGAGCAAGCCACUCUUACUGCGGCUUACGAAUUGCUGGAGAAGGCCACAAAGCUGCGAGUUCCUUGUGACGAGGUAUGCUACCGCGUGAUGAUGCAGCUGUGCGGCAUCCACUCCCUGCCGGUGCUGGCGGUGCGCCUUCUGUUCCUCAUGAAGCGCGCCGGGCUGCAGCCCAACGCGCUCACCUACGGCUACUACAACCGCUGCGUGCUCGAGGCGCCGUGGCCGCACGACAUGCCCAGUGGUUCUCAACUGCUGUGGAACAAGCUUCGCAUAGCGGUGAUGGGCGCGGCUCUGUUCCGAAAAGCAGGCGCGCAGCGGGCCAGUCGCGCCGCCGGCUCGGGACUCUCGGCUGGAAGUGUAGGCACGCUGCCGCGAGUGGUAUCCGCGGCGGGCAUGGACGGCGACUUGAGCGGGCUCGCCUUAGCCGCGUGUGAACCCGCACACAGCCGGACUAGUCUCGACGAAGCGAAUGCGCGUGAAAAGGAAGCUGCGUCUUCAGCCUUCGAGGCGCUGGUGCGGCGCGGCACCAUCGUGCAGCCGCAGCCCGCCCGCCCGCACAGGCACGCGCUGUCCACCGCCGCCGGAAUACUCAUAUCAGGUUUACCUUCAAAUCCAGAUUUGUGCGAAGCGGCGCGGCCGAGAAGUAAUUCAUUAGGAAAUGAAGAUACAAUGAGUAAUGUUACGAUAACUGAGAAAAGACAGACAAUACACGUGAGCCCGGAUAGUCCGUCGGACCUGCGGAUAUUGACGAGGUCUGAGAGCUUCGCCGGGGACGCUCAAAUUGUACAGAACUUGCAAAGGCUAUCGUUCUCUAGCAGUACAUCGAAUGUAAAGUCUCGGUGUUCACGAACACUGAGUUUUCCCGAGGAGCCUGAAAAAGAAGACGCGGCGGCCGAGCCGUCUGAGGAACCCGAAGGGUCUCCACUAAAACUGUCCCCCCGCACGCCGGUGCUGGCCGACGACCCGCUGGGCGCGCUGCGCGGCCCCGCGCCGGAGUCCCCGCCCCCGCCGCCGCGCCGCGACCCCGCCCCGCCGCGCCGCGAGUACUCCGUCAGCCCCAAGCUGUUCCACCGCCGGACCAACUCCUUCCAGGACGACGCGCCGAACGACCACGGGAAACUACACAGGAGCGAGACCGUUCCUGCCGGCACUGUGUCUUCCAGCCUCGCCAGUCUUGGAAACACGCUCAAGAUCAGCUUCGGUCCCACAAGCAUAGCGGGCAAGAAGUCCAACGAGCUCCUACAAAGCGGGCUCUCCAGCCUCAAGUCCGCCGCUACGAGCAUGGCCAAGAAGUUCGACGAGAUGAAAGAAGUUAUAUCCGCGAACUCGACGCCUGUGAAGGGGGCUAUCGGAAACGCUACCAGCGCGUUAACGAGUUUCAUGGAGGACGAUUCUACGGAUGGCUCGUCGGAAAUUAAUCCGGAUGAAUGGACAGGCGGCAUGCAUUUCAGAAGAGCGUCGAGCGACGCUGAGCUAGCGUGUACCAUGGAGCGCGGUUCAUUAGCCACCCUGCUGUCGCAUUUACCGGACAACCUGUAUCCACAACAAGCGGAGAACCUAAAGUCAUCGCCUACAGUGUCAGCCCACAUGUCCUCCUGCUCGCAAUGCCACCAGUGCUACGCGCUGCUGUACGACGAGGACAUCAUGGCGGGCUGGGCGGCCGACGACUCCAACCUCAACACGCGCUGCACCGCCUGCGGCCGCCACUCCGUGCCGCUGCUGUCCGUGCAGAUAAUGCGCGAGGGUCAGACGCAAACCGAAACUGUCAGCGUGCCUUAUUUAAAUCCAUUGGUGCUAAGGAAAGAAUUCGAAUCAAUAUUAGGUAGAGAAGGCGACUCGUGUCUCCUGGAGAAAGAGUUCGUGGAAUCGCACCCGAUCGUGUACUGGAACCUGGUGUGGUACCUAGAGCGCGCCAACAUCGAGAGUCAUCUACCGGACCUGCUGAGCGCCGACUAUCCUGCCAUGUACCAGGGCGAUGUUCCUGAUGAGAACAGCGGGUGCCAAGUAGUAUGCAGCUGGGACUUGGUGCGGCUGCACGGCGAGGCGGGCACGGCGCUGUACCGCGCGUGGCGCCUGAAGCGCGCCCAGCAGCAGCGCUCGCGCGCGCUGCAGGCCCUGCUGCUCACCGACACCGCGCAGGCCAACGCAGUGGUGUUGGCGGUUCUGGACGGGUUGCUGAGCAACGACUUGGUGGACGCGCUACGGCGGCUCGCUGCGUGGCGGGAGAACACCGCUGGCAACAAGCGAUACCAUUCAUUUUUCAGAGACAUACUAUUCCUCGCGAUGGCCGCCCUCGGCGAGAACAACAUCGACCUGAUCGCGUUCCAGCGCGAAUAUUCGCGCGCGAUCACACAGCUCGGCGGCGCGCUGCGCCCGCACGACUACCCGCCCGCGCCCACCGCCGUCUGCUGCCGGCACUACUUCCGGCGCCUGCGCCUCGCGCACGAGGACUGACCCAGGGCGCUGCGCGGCCGAGCCGAGCGAGGCCGGUUAUAAACAUGAGUCUGCUUACCGACAAAAAUUCAUUGAUAGUAAACUCAUAACAGGGGUCGUAAAACUUCUCAUUCACACUAGCAUGGUCAUAGCAGAGUGAAAGAGACAAUAUGUGACUCUUAUAGAUGUGUAAAGUAUUUGUGUUUGACAGCUAAUAUAUAUGGCGCUGUACGGCUCCAUGAGUAAGUCUGAUUGGCAAAAAAUUACGUUUAAGAAUUCAGUUGCCGCAAAACCUAUUUUUCGACAGUCAACAGUACUAUUCGCUUAACACCUUUGCAUAUUUAUUUAUUUGAUUGCUCUGCAGCUGACCGUACGUAGGCGACGGCCUUACAGCGCCAUCUGUGCUGUCAUACUCCAGGUCACAUGAUCAAAAUCAAUGAAUCUUUGCAUUAGUCAACGUCAAAAAUAUGCAUGCGCUCGCCUUAUUAUAUAUAUAAACAAAGGUGUAAUCAUAUUCUUGACGAAAGCUCCUCGUGUACGUCGACAUCGAAUAAGAGAGGUUGGUAAAACACGACAUCCGUCCUUUUGUCUACUUUAUUUGUAUGAGGAUGUUUCAGUGUUGAAGUUUGUCGUGUAUUUUAAUAUAAAAAUUACUUCAACUACAUGUGAUGUGUAAAGAAAAUGGCAAUACGUUUCAAGUUUGACGAAAUAAUGUAAGAUAAGACAAUAAGUCCUGUUUGUAUGCACCUAAAUGUAUGAGGUGUUGUGACCAGAUCUUAAAAAUUGGUCAUUAAUGAAAUGAUCCGUUAGGCGCAUCGUGGGAAAUUCAGAACUAACUUAACCAUAUCAUGAAAAUAUCACUUCUAAAAUAGCAUUUCAUUAAAUGAUCAAAAUCUAUGAUCUGGACACGACAGGUGGUAUGACGAUGAUAGUUUGUAACAUCUUCAGAAUACUAUUUAAAAUUAAAUAUGACGACCGCGACAUGUUAUUAGUGCGCGCGAUACAUGUGGACAUAAUCCUGCUUCAUAUACCUAGUUUAUGGGCAUACUCAUACUUUUUCCUAUCAAAAAAGGCGCAUCAAUACAACGAAUUUACAAACCAAGAAUAUAAUUGCUGACAUCUUAAAUAAAAAAAUAAAAACGUAUUUCAUAUAUCAUACAUGAGGAAAUUGAGAAUUCAAUUAAAAUGCAUCUGAGCUAUCUUCACCUUGUGUUUAUAUAAAGCAAUUAAAUAUAGUUACCGUGAGAGAUGUUUUCAAAGCAACUUUAAAUCACUCAAUUAUCUUCCCUUCUACCCCGCUGCAGCUCCAGAGUAAAAUGUUCAUAACCACAUCACGCAAUCAUCUUAAUAUUUGUUAAUGUUAGAAAUGUGGGUGCUACGGACAAGGUGAUUUGGAUAGCCAUACUGAAAUAAAAUUGUACAUAUUUCAAUUGUAUAUAUUAAUAAAACUUCGCAUUCUUGAUUGCUGACGACUGUAUUAGUCAUGAAUUGAAGCGGAUCAGUCAAUAUUUAAUGAUAUUGGACAAAAUAUUUCUUAAUGAUAGGAGUAUUGUUUCUUAAAAGGAACUCACUUGAUUUUGUCUGCGCUUUUUAUAUAUGUAUAGUUCAAGUAGAUAUUUAGCUUUUGAGUGAUUUCACUAAACAGUUAAAUUCGUAAACGAAUGGUACGUAUUAUUAUAUUCUAGUCGCAUUAUUUGUCACCAACUAGAAAGUUUUGGAUGUUAUCUUCAACCUUUUGGGCACCAGUGGCGGAUCGUUCAAAGAACUCGAUUCCCACCGGCUUGUCUAAUUUCAGCCCGUUGAGUACUUUCACGAUCGGUUCAUGGAGAAAAGGAAAGCAAAAUUAGCUCCGGGUUCCCUAUGAAUAUUUGUGACGCGCCGCCACUGGUGGGCACUGUCGUUUUGUAUGCAUUGUUUUAAUACACAGUGAAUUAGAACUAGAGAAUCUAUUGUAAUAAUUUUGUAGGUAAAGAGCGUUUUCAUAUGACGUUCUCUCUCGCCUUAGUCGUUGGAUAGUGUGACCUAGUGAAAACGUGCCCUAAUAAACUUGCGUAAAUACGUAAUGCCAUCUCACUGGGCAUGACACUAAUAAACAUUAAGUUAUUAUACUAUUUCUGCACGAUUUGUAUGUAUUUUUUACAAAUAAUGCGACUGCCAAAAUUCGAAAGUAUUCAUGAAGGUGUCAAUAUAGGUAUACUAAACUUAACACUUUAAAGAAACUGCUUUUGACCGAUGUAUAAUAAACUGAAAUAUCUAUCUGUUAAACAUAUAACAUACCGUAGGCCUAUAAUAAUCAUUUGGCCUACAACAAACUGGAUAUCUGAUGUAACUGAUAAUGUCAUUAAAAACUCUUUUUAUUUUACCAUAUAUAUAUAUUUCUCACUGGCAUUAAGUUUUUGUACUCAAUACUCAAUGAUACUAAUACACGAAGAGUAAAUACAUAUACAAUAUUUUUACGGAUAUAAUCCAGUGUUUAAAGGUUUUUCGUUGACAAAUUUUAUUCUUUAGGAACGUUUAAAUCAUGACUUGUUUUGAUGUUGUAGAUUUUAAAAGUCGUGAGGCAAUUUUAUGGCAAUAUUAUAGUUUAUAAUAUAACAGUUAAGUAUGUUGCCAAGUGUGGAAAUGGAUGUAUAUUUUGGCAUGUUGUGGAAAACUGUAUAUUCUAUGGUCUUUCUUGGACUCGGUUUAAGCUUAUAUUUAUUUGCCUCGAGUGAUCAUUUUGAGCCAUAUUUUAUGUUCCAAUCAAUGUUGUACAAUCAUCAUAUAGUCAUUCAAAUAUAUUUUUACAUUUAAAUAUGCUGUAAUAUUGUUUAGUCUGAUCAAAGGUUUUGUAAUUACAAUCUUGUAGAAGUUUGUAAAAGACAUGCAAUUACACUAUGUUAGUUGCAACAUAAAAGUAUUGGUGAAAAAGUAGUUAUUUUAUUUUGAUUGAGGAGUAUAAUGAAAACAUAUAAUUUUUAUAUAAAAAUAUAUAAAUAAGGCUUCACAAA